UGGAAAUAUAAUUCCUGACAUUUAACCAGAUCUACUGAUUCUUCUCUUUAUAAACUACUUCUUUCUGAUCUUCUCCACUUACACCUUGAGUACUGUAAUAUCAUCCAGCAUCCAACAAUCAACGUCAUGCCCUCCGCACUCCUCAUCGGAGACAUCACCCACGCCAGAAAGGAGUGGGAAGCCCUUUCGUCCAUACUCACCCUCAAGGAAUUUCCCGAGGGCACGCGCGAAGACUUUCUCCGCAACUGCAAACAGGGCCAAUAUGACGACGUCCAGGCCAUCUACCGCUCUAAUGUGUCCACCAAGUUGACCGGCCCGUUCGACGCGGAACUGCUGUCUGCCCUGCCCGCAUCGCUCAAGUACAUCUGCCACAACGGGGCGGGGUACGACAACAUCGACGUUGCGGGGUGUACUCAGAAAGGAAUCCUCGUCUCGAGUACCCCUGUCGCCGUAAACAACGCCACCGCAGACGUGGGCAUCUUCCUGAUGAUUGGCGCCUUGCGCCAGGCCUACGUGCCCUUGGCCGCCUUGCGCGCUGGAAAAUGGCAUGGACAGACCACGCUAGGCCACGAUCCCCAAGGUAAGGUGUUAGGUAUCCUGGGAAUGGGCGGCAUCGGACGGGAAAUGGCGCAUCGAGCCAAAGCCUUCGGCAUGAAGAUCCAUUACCACAAUCGCUCCCGUCUCUCGCCCGAACUCGAAGGGGACGCCACCUACGUGUCUUUCAACGAGCUCCUAGCCAGCUCCGACGUGCUGAGUCUCAAUCUCGCCCUCAACGCAUCCACUCAGCAUAUUAUCGGCGCCAACGAGUUCCAAAAGAUGAAGGACGGCGUCGUGAUCGUCAAUACGGCUCGGGGGGCGUUAAUCGAUGAGAAGGCGCUCGUGGCAGCAUUGGACUCGGGCAAGGUCAUGUCUGCUGGUCUGGACGUGUACGAAAACGAGCCGGUCGUGGAGCAGGGACUGGUCGACAACCCCCGUGUAAUGCUUCUGCCACACAUUGGUACCAUGACGUACGAGACGCAGAAGAAUAUGGAGUUGCUGGUGCUCGAAAAUCUGCGGUCGGCGGUCGAGAAGGGGGAGAUGAUCACGCCCGUUCCGGAGCAGAAGAAGUAGACCUAGGACCUAGAAUUGGAUAG